AAUUAGAUUGUGAUAUGGGAUGAAAAUGGUUUAUGUGGACGACAUUGACCAUCUUAUCCUCUAUCUUCUCCCACGUUGAAAUGUGUCACAACAGUUUGACCACCAACUGAAAUACAACAGAAAUUAUGGAAGUCUCUCCCUUCCCCUGCUGCUUCCAGCACAGUUCAAUCUUCCCUCGAAAGCCGCUAGCUUCAUUUUCAACUGGGAAGAGCCAAUUCAUCGCAAAAAGAAACUCAGCCCUUUUCCCAUGUCGCUGUUCUUUGCCUUCUUCGGAGAAACCUCAGCAGCAGAAUGAGGGAAGGAGGGCGCUUUUUGGCUAUCUUCUUGCAUCAACCGGAAUUGCUGCAUGUGAUGCUGCUGAGGCUGUUAGUACCAGCAGAAGAGCUCUUAGAGGAGCAAAAGUACCAGAGGAUGAAUUCAAAACCCUUCCUAAUGGUCUGAAGUACUAUGAUCUGAAGGUUGGUGGAGGUCCAGAGGCUGUAAAGGGAUCUCGGGUUGCAGUACGGUUUGUGCCUUUGAUUGCUUGUCUUCAGCUGAUGCACAACUUUUCCUAGAAAGUGCUGAACUUUAGAUUCAUGGAGCAGAUUGUUCUUCAAAUUCUAGGUUCACUAUGUUGCCAAAUGGAAAGGAAUCACAUUCAUGACCAGUAGACAAGGAAUGGGUGUUGGUGGAGGAACGGUGAGAUUCGUUUUAAGUCUUUGGAUCAUUUCUCUUUGCUAGAUACCUGAUAUUCGUUCGAUUUGGUGUUGCUUGAAGCCUUAUGGAUUUGAUGUUGGCGAAUCCGAGAGAGGAAAUGUUCUCAAAGGGAUAGACCUCGGUGUUGUAGGAAUGCGCGUUGGAGGCCAGCGUCUGCUGAUAGUUCCUCCGGAGCUGGCAUAUGGAAAGAAAGGAGUUCAGGAAAUUCCUCCAAAUGCAACCAUAGAGGUACAAGGUUUAAAAUCCCAUUUCACUAAGAAUGCUCAAAGCAUUAGAACUUACUAAUCUACCCUUGGAAUUGCAGAUGGAUGUUGAACUUCUUUCCAUCAAACAAAGUCCAUUUGGGUCCCCUGUGAAAAUUGUUGAAGGAUAAUGAUAUCAACUCCACGGUUGGAAGCCCGUUAAUACAGGCCAGUGCUUCAGUUUCAAGAAGUUGAAUACCCCCACCUAUCUGAUAUACUGAAAUCACUUGUUCUUACUCCUUUCCCAAACAUCACUUGGUUAAUCCAUCUUUUACACGUUGCCAACUUCUUGUGAGCAGCUAAGAGUGCUGAUUAGCCACUGUUUAGUUUGUUCGCCCAUUUCUGAAAAUUCAUUCAAAUCUACUCCUUUUAUCAAACUCACUUUGCUGCCUGUAGAAGUGGAACUGUUAAGAUUAUGCUGUGGCCUGUGAAGAAACAACAUGUUUGUAAUUGAAUGGCUUGAUGUUCUAUUGAUUUUGAUCCUGAGCCGCAAGAAUACUGAUCAAGCAGGAAAACCUUUUCUUGGUGCAGAAGAAAGGGCCAGUGUCCUUCCUCUCUACAGACCAUACAGUAGGAAUCCAGCAGGUCGAGUAAAAUGCCAAAACACUGUUCAACUUUUCCCCUCCACAAUCAGAUUCUUUUAUCCCUUUUCUCCAAAACAAUCAUUUCUCUCCCACUUUAUUCCUUUCCCCUCCACCCUUUAUUUACCCCUUCAAUCCACCUAAACCCCUUGAACAAGCAAAAAUGACAACAUUUCCAACACAUACAGUUCUCUUCUGUUGCAUUCAUUUCCUUAUUCACUUCUCACUUCACACUCACUCCCAGAAGCUCUGCCCAAACUGUGGUCCCAUCCAAGUCCCCUACCCUCUGAGCACUAACCCCAACUGCGGCGACCCAAGGUACACCCUACGUUGCGACUCGAGCUCUCAUGCGCUCUACCUCGAUGCCUUGAACAGUAGCUCAUACCUUGUGCUCCGAAUCAUAGCAUCCACCCAGCGGUUGGUGGUGCAGCCAUCGCCAUUUGUGGUCGAUGGGCAGAAGAAGGACGAGUGCAUCACUCGGGACAUGCUUGUCAGUGAAGGUUUAAGGCUGAACCAGACGCUGCCAUUUAAUGUCACUUCAUCAAACACUGUGUUCUUGUUCAAUUGUUCUCCAAGGCUGCUCAACUCUCCCUUGAACUGCACUCCUGCCAGCCUAUGCCACGCAUACCUCGAGAGGUCUAGACACGUGGACGGGCAGAGAGCCGUUCGUUGUGCCAAUGUUCUGGACCCUUGCUGCACUUUUGUGGCAGGAGGGAUGCCCUCAGCUUACAGGAUCCGCCUUCAUAGUUCAGGUUGCAAAGCGUUUCGAAGCAUCAUUCAUCUGAAUCCUGACACCCCUCCUUCUCAAUGGGAAGAAGGGUUGGAGAUUCAAUGGGCUCCACCACCCGAGCCACCUUGCAAAACACAAAAGGACUGCUACGGAGCUUCCAAAUGCUCACCACCAUCAACCAAAGAUGAACCCUCUCGCUGCCUCUGCAACAAAGGCCACCAGUGGGAUAGUAUCCAUGGGACUUGCACGAAGAAGCUCUCUUCUACAAGUCGAAGAUGCAACGAGCCAGGCUUGCAAGGGCAAGGCAAGACAUGUUCAUAAGGUCAAGCAAUGGUGGUGCUGGUGGGAAGACAGCCAGGAUGUUCCAGCUGAAAGAGCUGAAGAAGGCAACCAACAACUUCUCCCCAGACAAUUUCUUAGGAAGUGGAGGGUUUGGAGAAGUCUACAAAGGGGAGCUCCCAAAUGGAACCGUUGUGGCUGUGAAAUCAGCCAAAGUUGGCAACAUCAAGAGCACCCAACAAGUCCUCAACGAGGUAGGAAUCCUGUCCCAAGUCAACCACAGGAACCUCGUACGCCUCCUUGGCUGCUGUGUCGAAUCGGAGCAGCCAUUGAUGGUCUACGAAUACAUCUCGAACGGGACACUCCAUGACCAUCUCCAAGGCAAUGAGGGAAGGUUCAAAUCCGCGACCUUCCUGGAUUGGACAACCAGGCUGAGAAUUGCUCUUCAAACUGCUGAAGCUUUGGCAUACUUACACUCCGAUACUCACAGUCCGAUCUACCACAGGGAUGUGAAGUCCACAAACAUACUUCUGGACGACGAUUUCAAUGCCAAAGUCUCCGACUUCGGACUCUCCAGGCUGGCAAGGCCAGGGCUGAGCCACGUGUCGACUUGCGCGCAGGGCACUCUGGGUUACUUGGAUCCGGAGUACUACAGAAACUACCAGCUGAACGACAAGAGCGAUGUCUACAGCUUCGGAGUCGUGCUGCUCGAGCUUCUGACUUCUCAGAAGGCCAUCGACUUCUCCAGAGACCAGGAUGACGUGAACUUGGCGAUCUAUGUGAUCCACCACAGUGGAAAUGAUGCACUGAACAUGGAGGUUGUGGAUCAACGGCUCUUUGGAAGCAGAGGAUUGAACGACGUGGUAUCAUCCAUGAAAGGAAGUAUGGUGCUCUUCUUGAAGCUGGCUUUUGCUUGUGUACAAGAGAAGAAAGUUGACAGGCCUAGCAUGAAGGAGGUUGUUCAGGAGCUGGAGAGGAUUGUUGGAAUGCUUGACGAGGGAAAAGGGUUGUCGCCAUGAUGUUGGAAUUGAGCGUUGAAAGAGAGAAAGAUCCAUUAAUGGGGCCUUGAAUAUUUCCCAUUAGCUCCUAAUUCCUAAAGUAAUUAGGAAGGUAGGGAAAUGUUCCCAUAAGAUAGCAAAAAGAAUGCAAGAUUAGAGUCUAGAUAACAUAUGGUUGGGAUCAAGUGCUGAGUCCCUUGGUAGAGUUGUUUUCAUCCUAGUUGAAACAAAUAUCAUGUAAUAAUUUGAAGUGUUUAUGACCAAUUGUGAUAUGGUUGCAUAUAUUGAGAGAUUCAACAAAAGAGAAUAAAUCAAUUUCUAUAUUAGUGAAAGAAUAUGUAAAGUUAUAACAUUUCUAGGUAUAAAUAACAUUAUUUUUCAG